AUGACGUCCUCCUACGCUCUGCCGACCUCUUCCCUACCACACGCGCACCAGGGCCACAUGCACGCGCGAUCCCACUCCCAGUCGUCGCUCAACGCGCUCAGGACAACUAUUUCCAACGGCAGUCUCCCAUCGGUCCCCGACGACGAGGCAUAUGCUCACAACCACGACCAAAGCUUUGAUAAUGGUGGUGGAAACUUCAAUGGUCACUCCCACAGUCAUAGUGGCCACAGGCAUGGACACAGCCGCUCGCGCAUGUCCAACACGAGCGCCAUGCUCUCUCGGGAGAAGCUACCUCCGCCAGCACUGAACACAAUGGAGGGUUGGACACAAGAGAGGACACCAGGAGGAAAGAGUGUCAUAACCCCAGGUCCUGAGACAGCCAACAUGCCCUACACGCCUCCGGACCAUCCUCACGACCAUCACGACCACGACCACGAUCAUACUCAUUCGCACGACCAUUCUCAUUCGCACGACCACACCCAUUCGCACGACCACCAUCAUGGACACGAUCUUAACCACGCUCACUCUCACGACCCUGAAAAAGCUGCCAAGAGAUCAUUGUUCACCAGGAUGAUACUUCCGUACACAGCAAAAUUUCCCAUUCUCAACGCAAUCCUAAUUGAGAAAGAUUCAAGGCGUAUCUUUUAUUUCAUGGCGCUCAACUUUUCCUUCAUGGCUGUUCAGGCGUUUUACGGAUACGUCACCGACUCUCUGGGCCUUCUCAGCGACAGCAUCCACAUGUUCUUCGAUUGUGUGGCGCUGCUGGUGGGAUUGUUGGCUGCCGUGCUGAGCAAAUGGCCCCGAAGCCAGCGAUUCCCGUACGGAUUCGGUAAGAUUGAGACUUUGAGUGGGUUUGCCAACGGCAUUCUCCUGAUGUUGCUCAGCUUGGAGAUUGCCUUUGAGGCGUUCGAACGACUGCUGGAGGGAACUCAGACGAAGCGACUGGGCGAACUUUUUGUUGUCAGCACACUCGGCCUCGUAGUGAACCUGGUGGGAAUGAUGGCAUUUGGCCAUCAUCACCAUGGAGGACAUGAUCAUGGGCACGACCACGGACAUUCGCACGAUCAUGACCAUGGCCAUUCUCAUGGUGGACACGACUGCCACGGCCAUAGCCAUGGACAUGACAAUGAGAACAUGCAUGGCAUUUACUUGCAUAUCCUUGCCGAUACCUUGGGUAGCGUUUCGGUUAUUGUAUCGACGGUGUUGACGAGCUUCUGGGGCUGGGCUGGAUGGGAUCCGCUGGCGUCGUGCCUGAUCGCUGUGCUCAUCUUCCUCUCGUCAAAGCCUCUGGUUUACUCGUCAGCAAAGCGACUACUGCUCAGCAUCUCGGAGGAUACAGAAUACAAUCUGCGAAACAGCUUGGGCGGUAUCCUCCAGCAGCGAGGUGUGGUGGGCUACUCUUCACCCAAGUUUUGGCGAGACGACCACAGUGCUAGUGCGUCAGGAGGAAAGCUACUCGGAAUCGUUCACGUGGUGGCAGCUCGAGGAGCGCCUAUGGAAGAUGUUCGGGACCGUGUGCGCGACUAUCUGUUGAAGGAGGGAAUCGAUGUAGUUGUACAGGUUGAGCGAGAGGGAGACAACUCUUGCUGGUGCAGCAGGCGAGGAGUGCCCGCGCCGGUAGCGACACCCACG